AUGCAUUCUGCUGCAUUGCUGCUAGUCGCUGCUGCCUUCUACACGAAGGGAGAUGACGUAUUCGUGACUGUAGAAAACGGUGCCUUGAGGGGUGUGGUGGCCACAUCACUGAACGGCGCUCUCUACAACCAGUUCCGGGGCAUACCUUAUGCCACGCCACCUCUGGGAGAUCUUCGAUUCCGUGCCCCGCAGCCUGCGACCUCCUGGUCCGGAGUUCGAGACGCGCUGUCCUUCGCGGAGAAGUGUGCCCAGCCAUCGGCUCUCGGCUUGCGACCACCUGUCGGCUCCGAAGACUGCCUCUACCUCAAUGUGUACGCGCCGGCUACGGGGAGCCGUCCUUUCCCCGUCAUGGUUUACAUCCAUGGUGGUGCCUUCGAAGCUGGGUCGUCUUCCAGCGGCACUCCAAACUAUUUUGUGGAGAAGGGCGUUGUAUUCGUGACAAUCACCUAUCGUCUCGGUGCCCUUGGUUUCCUGAGCCUGCAGAACAACGACAUCCCAGGCAACGCGGGCCUCAAAGACCAGGUGCUGUCUUUGCAAUGGGUGCAGAGGAAUAUCGCGGCUUUCGGCGGGGAUCCCAGCAAGGUCGUCAUCUUCGGAGGGAGCGCUGGUGGCGCCGCCACAUCACACCUGUUCCUCUCGCCGGCGACUGGGGGUCUCUUCAGCGGUGUGAUCAUGGAGAGUGGGGUAGCGACGACCCCCUGGGCACUGACAGAGAAACCCCGCGAGAGGGCGUACCGGAUGGCGGAGGCGCUCGGCUUCCAGGCGCAGAGCGAUAACCACACUGACGACGACGACGACGCGCGGCUGGCUGCCUUCCUUCGCGCCGCCAACUACUCAGACCUCGCCGGUGACACCGAUAUCGCUCUCUCUGAUUUCGAGAAGCGCUGCCCAGGGCAGAUAGCUUUCGCGCCAGUCGUGGAGCCAGCCUCAGACUCUGCAGUGAUCACCGAGCCUCCAGUUGACAUCAUCAGGGCCGGCAGCUACAACCAGGUCCCCAUCAUACUGGGCGUCACUUCCGGAGAAGGAAUUGUCGGACUCUUCAUGUCUCAACUGCUGACAGAAGCGGGGGAAGCCGAUAUGAAGGAGAACUUCACGGCGCUGAUCGGCUCCCAGCUACCGCUGCCCACGGAGGAACAGCGGACUCGUGCGGCGGAGCAGCUGGAGAAAUUCUACUUCGGCGACGAGGGCUUCUCUAUGGACCAGAUGCAGGCAGUGGUUGAUCUGUUAUCCGAUCUGUACUUCAUUCAUCCAGCGGACUCAUUCGCUAGGGCGGUGGCGAACUCCAGCAGUGUACCUGUUCACUUCUAUUACUUUGACUACAAUGGCACCGGCUCCUCGGAUUACGAAGACGAGAUUGAUGACAGUUUGUCUUCAGAUGAAGACGAGAAUGAUGUUGAAGGUGUUGCUUCAAAUCCAGCAGCUGUGCCGUAUCCGAAAGACAGUGAGUGGACUGCAGUUGACACCUACCGACCUCUGCCUGUCAACACGACACCCAGGCAGAUACUAGUGGAUAUUGAUGAGUCGAGUUCUGUACUGGAUUGCAGUAAAGUGUUCCUUACUGACAGUGACGUAAAUGAACUCAAGAGACAGACAAAUUUGUAUGCAUCACAGACAAUACAGAAGAAAAGAAGAGGAAAUAAUCUGAAGCCCCAUUCAGUUUUGAGUUCGUGGAAGCCAGUGACUAUAACCGAAAAUAAUCAAAGUUCAACAGUUCCAUUAAGUUCAAUGAUUCUAAGUUCCUCUAUGUGCCGGUUUUCAAGCCAACGCUCACCUCACCCCUUCUUUGCCUGGAAAAACCACCAAUUACCUGUCGUCGGUCACUUGCUCGCCAGCGUCCUGGCAGCUGCUGAAGAUGUCGCACCUGCCUGCCCUCGCCUCAGCGCCUCAGCCAAAUCUUACAAUUCCAAGAUCCCAAAACCUUCAAGUGGCUGA